UUUGAUUUUGAGGGAUAAAGCAGGGGAAUGGGUGUCUUGGAGGUGGGCUUUCGUGUUUGAGAGAUUGGAUGGGUUGGCUCGGGGGAUGGUCUGGGGAUAGGAAUGGCUGUCCUGUUUGGUAAUGUUCUGGGGGAAGUGAUGGGCAGCCUUAAGGCGGAUGGACUGGGGUCAGGAAUGAAAUGUCUUGUUGGGGGUUGGGAUUGGGAUGGCUGUCUUCCUUUUUCGAAUCAGGCAGGGUUAAUUUUUCUAAAAUUUUUACAGCUCAAGGACAAGAUUAGCGAAGACGAUAAGAAGGUUUUGGACAAAUGUCAGGAAACGCUCUCUUGGUUAGACGCCAACCAGACUGCUGAGAAGGAAGAAUUUGAGCAUCAUCAAAAGGAAUUGGAAGCUAUUUGCAAUCUGAUCAUUUCGAAGCUUUAUCAAUCUGCGGGUUGUGCUGGAAUGCCUGGAGGUAUGCCUGGUGGAAUGCUUUGA